CCCCAAAUUCUUCUGCUUCAAUUGCUCCCAAUUUGCCCCAAUUGAUCCCCACUGCUCCUGCCAACUUCCAGAGCUUCCAGAACUUCCACUCGCGACCAACACCACCGAACACCGGACCUUGCAACUUUCACCGAAGAUGGCAGCCCGACCUCAGAAUAUUGGCAUUAAGGCCAUUGAGAUUUACUUCCCGAGCCAGUGCGUCGACCAGGCCGAACUGGAGAAGUUCGAUGGAGUCAGCCAGGGCAAAUAUACCAUCGGUCUCGGACAGACCAAGAUGAGCUUCUGCGACGACCGAGAAGACAUCUACUCCCUCGCCCUGACCUCCCUGACCUCCCUGAUGAAGAAAUACAACAUCGACCCAAACUCCAUCGGCCGCCUGGAAGUCGGCACCGAGACCAUCCUCGACAAGUCCAAGUCCGUCAAGUCGGUGCUCAUGCAGGUGUUCCAACCAUCCGGCAACACCAACAUCGAGGGUGUCGACAACGUCAACGCCUGCUACGGUGGCACCAACGCCCUCUUCAACGCCGUCGACUGGGUCGAGUCCUCCGCCUGGGACGGCCGCGACGCCAUCAUCGUUACCGGCGACAUCGCCCUCUACAAGCAAGGCGCCGCCCGCCCGACCGGCGGCGCCGGCUGCGUCGCUAUGCUGGUGGGCCCGGACGCCCCCAUCGUGUUUGAGGCGGGGCUGCGCGGCUCGUACCUGGCGCACACCUACGACUUCUACAAGCCGGACCUGACCUCCGAGUAUCCCAUCGUCGACGGGCACUACAGCAUCAAGUGCUACCUGGAGGCCGUCGACGGCUGCUACAAGGCGUACAACGCGCGCGAGAAGGCGCUUAAGCAGGCCGCCAACGGGGUGAACGGCGUGCACGAGGCGGACACGCCCUUGGACCGCUUCGACUACAUGUGCUUCCACGCGCCCACCUGCAAGUUGGUGGCCAAGUCCUACGGCCGGCUGCUCUACAACGACUACCUCGCAGACAAAAGCAACCCGGCCUUCGCCGACGUCCCCGCCGCUCUCGCCGACGUGUCCCACGACGCAUCCCUCACGGAUAAGACGGUCGAGAAGACCUUCAUGGGGCUGACCAAGAAGAAGUUCGAGGCGCGCGUGAAGCCCACCACGAACAUCCCGACCAUGUGCGGAAACAUGUACUGCGCGAGCGUGUACGGAGGCUUGGCCAGCUUGUUGUCGCUGGUCAGCAGCGACGAGCUGCAAGGCAAGCGCGUCGGGAUCUUCUCGUUCGGCAGCGGGUUGGCGAGCUCCCUGUUCAGCCUGCGGGUCCGGGGCAGCACCGCGGAGAUGGCGAAGCAGUUGAACAUCCAGGAGCGGUUGGAGGCGCGGAGGACUGUCGAUCCGCAGGUCUACGAUGACAUGUGCAACCUUCGCGAGAAGGCGCACUUGAAGAAGAACUAUUCCCCCGCUGGAAACGCGGAGACGCUUGUCCCCGGCACGUACUACCUAACGGAGAUCGACGACCUGUUCCGACGCAAGUACGCCAUCAAGGAGUAGGUUUGGGAUUGGGUAGGAUUGAUGACGACCAUUGAAAACGACGGGUGGAAGAUGGAAAACGACGGGUAAAGGAUUCGCACGACCAUUUGGGUGUCCGGUGCCCUUUUUCUCGAGCAUGGGGAGAAUUUUGACUCCAUCUCCUUCGUCUGAU